AGGGACGGGCAAAGGCUGGACAGAGAUGAGGAUGUUAAAUGAGAGCAGCUGGACAGGAGAAGACAGAGAAGGUGGAUAAAUAGAGCGAGAACUGAAAAGAAAAGAAAACAUCAGGUUAGAGCUCAUCUGCAGCAGUUUUGACCAAAAAAUGGGAGAAAGCGCACAAGGAGUUAAGGCAACUUAUUUUUGACGAAGAAACCAACAAAAAGACUUUCCUUGUAACCACAUCAGCCUUCUCUGACCUCAACAUGACCAACAACUCCAGCACUUUCUGUAAAUUUAAUGAAGACUUUAAAUACAUCCUCCUGCCCGUCAGCUACGCUCUGGUCUUUGUGGUCGGCCUGGCGCUGAACGCCAUGGCGCUCUACGUGAUUGUGUUCCGCACAAAGCGCUGGAAACCCUCCACCAUCUACAUGUUCAACCUCACCAUGUGCGACACGCUCUACAUCUUCACUCUGCCCUUCCUCAUCUAUUACUACGCCGAUGAGAACGACUGGCCCUUCAGCGAACCCGUCUGCAAGCUGAUACGCUUCUUGUUUUACUCCAACUUGUAUGGUUCUAUUUUGUUCCUGUGCUGCAUCAGUCUGCAUCGGUUUGUUGGCAUCUGCUACCCGGUCCGCUCCCUGAACUGGAUCAGCGCUCGUCAGGCCCGGCUGGUUUCUGUGGCGGUGUGGGCCUGCGUUUUAUUCUGCCAGGCUCCCGUCCUUUAUUUUGUAAGAACCAGGGACGUGGACACGGAGCGGAUCUGCUACGACACCACCAGCCCGGAGCUUUUUGAGGACUUCCUGGUGUACAGCUCCAUUGUAUCAGUGCUCAUGUUCGCCUUGCCCUUCAUGGUGGUGAUGGUGUGCUACGGCCUCAUGGUGCGGAAGCUCCUCGAGCCUGGAUGGGGGUCCGACAGGGGAAUGGAAGGCGAAAGGGGCGGCCUGACAGCCCGGCGCUCCAAGCAGAAGUCAGUGAAGAUGAUCGUCAUCGUGCUGGCGGCGUUCAUGCUGUGCUUCCUCCCGUUCCAUCUCACCAGGAGUCUUUACUACUCCUUCAGAUACACGAGGCAGGUCGAUCCAUCGCAGAUCAGCUGCAGGUUGCUGGAGGCGUCCAGCGUGGCCUACAAGGUGACUCGACCUUUAGCCAGCGCCAACAGCUGCGUGGACCCCAUCCUCUACUUCCUGGCUGGGCAGGAUGCCCGCAGCAACCUCACCAAGAGAAGCAAACUGCCCUCACCGAAACCAAACACUGUGAGUCGAUGAUUAGCAACACAACUCUGAACCAGCAGCGGACACCAUCUCUGUUCUCAGAAUUUCAUGAACAAAACGUGCACUUAUUGUCUGCAUCAGAUUUUAAACCCAUAAAACACUGGUGGGAGCAACUUCCAGCCCUGAAGCAACAGUUUGGUAACUGAGUUGCCCUAAACUGUACCUUCAAGCUGCUUGUUUAGCAAUAAAAGUCUCCUGAGAGCUGAAACAUCUUUAUGAAGAAGGAUAUUUGUUUUUUACUGAAACAUUUUAUUUGAUGUAUAGCAUUUAUAGGAUAAAGAUUGUGUUCUUAUAAAAUUUUAAUUUAAUAUACCAAAGACACUCCACUAUAUAGUUUUACACAGCUUAGAUU